AUGUCUAACCCAAGACCAGGNAACGACAUCCUUCGCAAGCACAAAAUCAUCCCCGAAAAGCCCCCGUCGCCCACCCCCAUGAUCGAGGAAGCCUUGACCGAAGCACGUAGACUUGCCCACGAAAACCGCUUGGAGGGCAAGGAGCUCGAUGAACUGGCUGAGCUGGAGGAUGAAGAAGAUGAAGACUUUCUCGAGUUCUACCGGUAA